AUGGCGCUCUGCGCUGUUUGCUCAACCGAGCCGUCCAAGUAUCGUUGUCCCACAUGUAAUGUGCAAAGCUGCUCUCUCGCUUGCACCCAAUCCCACAAGCCAUACUGUUCGCCUAGCGCUCCUGAGCAGGACCACGAGUCAGAGAAGCCGGGGCUACUUGAGAACGCUCAAAAAAACGGUACAUAUGAAACUGCACCUGUCGAUGUUUGUGAAGGCACAAUAGAUCCCGUCCUACAACCUCACGCCAACCCUACGACCAACGUACUCGUAACCUCCAACAUCCCGAAUGCAGCCCUUCACUUCCAAAACCUAGAAUCGUCCCAGGCGCUGAAGGACCUGUUUACCCAAUUCCCCGCUCUCCGAUCUCAGCUACGAGAGAUAUACAAACUAACUCUCGAAGAAGAGUGGGUGGAGAUGAAACAUAGCAAUUACGGUCGUGGCCGGGGACGUGGGCGGGGGGGAUUCUCCGGGAGAGGCGGCAGGAGUAGAGGGCCCUGGAAUGAGGAGAAAGGUUUCAACCGAGGGUUGGGAAAAGUUAGACGGUUGCGGGAGACCUUAGAGAGUAAUAAUGGGCCUGCCAACGGCGCUGAGAUUGAAGGGUUCAGGCAGUUUGCCGCCUUGGUUCUGGCGGGCAACAACACACCGAGGGAUAGUAUGCAGCCACAACCCGAAGGCUGA